CCGGUGUUCAGUACAGCAGAUUCGGACUGAAGCAGGGUGUCAUUACAUAGGUACUCUCUCCUUCAGUCAGUUCUUUCUUAAUUUUGUCAUCCUCUCUUUUUUUCUUUUCAAAUGUGAAUCAUAGGGUUUCAUCGGAGGACGUCCAAGCCAGACCCGCCCGCAUCUGUUCCUCUUUUACGCAUGGAAAUUAUUUCUGCAACUUUAAACUGCAUGAAUCUUUCAGAGUUUUUCUUGGGGAUUCAGCUCGCAAUACAGCACUGACCCGGUGUGUCAGCAAAUCCUCAACUUUGUGGUACAGGAGGAAUGUCAAGAUGUGUGAAGGUUGAUGGAUCCACUGAAGAGUAACGGGGCUCGCGCGGCUGAGUUCUAAAGGAUUCCUGCUCUCGCGGAUGAGGACUAGGCUACCUAUGGAUUGAUGAAGGGGUCGAAGUAGACUUUGUGAUUUCUUGAAGGAUGGAGCACAUUCACGACAUGAAAUGCAAAAUAGUGGUAGUGGGGGAUAGUCAGUGUGGAAAAACAUCCCUACUAAGCGUAUUUGCCAAAGACUGCUUCCCUGAGGGAUAUGCCCCAACAGUGUUUGAAAACUACACGGCUAGUUUUGAAAUCGACACUCAACGAGUUGAAUUGAGGCUGUGGGACACAUCUGGGUCACCCUACUAUGACAACGUGCGUCCCCUGUCCUAUCCCGACGCUGACGCGGUCCUCAUAUGCUUCGACAUCAGCCGUCCAGAGACGCUGGACAGCGUGCCAAAGAAGUGGAAGGGGGAGAUUCAGGAAUUCUGCCCCAACACAAAGAUUCUGCUGGUGGGAUGCAAGUCGGACCUCCGUACAGACCUAUGCACAUUUGUGGGCUUCUCCAAUCACGUUCCCACACCCGUCUCCUACGACCAGGGUCUGAACAUGGCCAAGCAGAUCUCCGCGCCGUACCUGGAGUGCUCGGCCCUGCAAUCUGAGAACAGCGUGAGGGACAUUUUCCACGUGGCCACGCUGGCCUGUGUCACCAAGGGCCACAAGAACAUGAAGCGCCACAAGUCCUCAAGGGCCACCAAGAGAUGGCCCAGCAAGCCCGAGCUCGGGACAGUAGUGUCUGACCUCAACAAGUCCAAAGCUAAGAGCUGCUCUCUGAUGUGAUGUGACCGGGAUUGGAAGAAUGUGUACGCACAGCACGUGUGCUGUUACGUGGUGGUGAACGUGUGACUUUGUGAGAUACUUGGGAUUAACGUUCUAAAGCUGUGUGAGUGUUUUUGUUGUCGUUCUUUGUUUUUUUUUCUCCUUGGGAUUUUGUAUGACAAGUCAACCACCCUUUGGAGCUCAUAGGAAGUGAAGGGACAAUCUGUUGCACUUUAAAGAAAAAAGAAAAAUAUCACGGAAACAUCGUAGACUGAAGGAGAUAGCCUCGGAGGUGUCCUCAUGGCGAGCAGAAUACAUAAUGAAGACCAUGCCCUGGAUGACGUGUCUGGACUUGUUUCCCUGAUUUUGUUUUGUCCUCAAAAUGCAUCUGGUACUCAAUGCCCCCAGACUGUGUUCUUUGUAGGAAUGGAACUUAACAGAUGGAGUUCUAUUUAGGAAUGGAAUUCAUGGAUUGUGUUCUAUUUAGGAAUGGAACUUGCAGUAUAAUAAUGUUUGUAAUCCUGGUCCUGGGAGAGACUUUCAAGUCAUGCGAUCGACCUAAAGGAUAACAUGUAUGUAGGUACAUAUGAUGUGCUAUGUGUGCUUGUAGUCAACGUGUUGUGUGUGUGACUGUGUGUUGAUGUAUGUAUGUUUGUGUGACUGUGUGUUCAGGUGUGCUUGUGUGUGGAUGUGUCUUUUUCCUCAAAAGUUAAGUGUGUUUUAUGUAAGAAUCCAGUGAUUUGUACAAGACUUCCGAUAAUAUUUCAAACCUGUGUUGCUUCUAGUUUGGGUGUGGUUUCAGAUUGUCACCAUUUCACCAACCAAUCACAGCUAAUGCUUUUGGAGGCCACAGUUGUCAAUGAUCAUUUCUCUGUGUACUUUUUAUAGAAUAAACCAGAACUGCUACUUCUAAAAAUCUAGCAUGAAUGAUUAUUCAUCUUUACUUUGAAUUGCUGUGUUGCUUAUACUCUUGUCUUCAAAAUGUACAAUUCUGGUGUGAAUAUCAUCAAUGAAAUGUCCAGCUUCAAGCCCUGUCAUUAUUUGAUGUUAAAGUUUGUAAAAUACUCCUCUAGAUUUUCGGUUGAUAACUUAUGAUGAGAAGAGUAACAUUCCAAGUGUUGCAUUGUAUCCCCUGACUGAAAGACAGUUGGGUCCAGUAAUUGUAUUCAGGUUUAGGUAUGCGUUCAAUGCAUUUGUGUGAAUAAAUUAACCAAGGUUUGGGGGUAAAAAAAAAGAUAAUUGCGAGUAUUUCACACUCCACUGAGGCAAAGCCAGGUGGCACAGAUACUCAUUACAUUACUUUUCCUGAGCCAGCCUAUUUUCAGUAAAUCUGUAUGUGUGUGUGUGU